AAAGUCUUUAACCCUCGGGCCACUUACUCAUCUUCUUCCCUACACUCACUUCGAUCUCUCCGCCGUUUCUCAUUUACUCUCGUAUCUAAUGGCUUCCAUUGCUGCUGGCUCAUCCAUCGCUAUGCGACCUCGCAUCACCCUUGCUGCAGGCAGGGUUUACGGUUUGAAAUUGGGUUCAUUUAUGAACCACAGAAGAAGCAGCCUAUCAUUUACAAUGCGUCCAAUGCCUGCUCGCUUGCAGAUUAGCUGUUCUGCCAAAAAAGAGACUGUGGAUAAAGUUUGUGAAGUAGUAAGGAAGCAACUAGCUCUAGAAAAUGACCAACCAAUCACCGGUGAAUCAACAUUUGUUGAUCUUGGAGCUGAUUCUCUUGAUACGGUUGAGAUUGUGAUGGGACUGGAGGAAGAAUUCGGAAUCACUGUCGAAGAAGACAACGCACAAAGCAUCACAACUGUUCAAGAUGCUGCAGAUCUUAUUGAGGAGCUCUGCAGCAAGCAAAGUGCCUAGAAAGGGAUCCAAGUAGGACGGUUUUCGUGUGACGAUAUUUGAUACGAUUCUCUAGCCUGCAAUAUAUAGCAUUUCGGUGAAAUCUUGUGUGAACUUUUAUGUUCAAUACGUAGGAAAUCACGUAAUAAAGUUGUUGGGAUUAUUAGUUAAAUUAUGGAAUUUCUAUUUGUGUCA